AAUACAUUUUUCAAAAGUCGUCUUACCUUUGCCUUAGCUGUUCGUGUAAUUGUGUCAAUCGCAUAGACUGUUGGAAUAUUUCGAGUUCCCAUUUUUCUUACACAAAUUGCUCACUGGCCGUCCAGAAGAUGGACGAGCCAAUCGUAUCCAUAUAUGAUAUGCUGAUGAAGCGCUACAGACAGCAGCGCCGAGAGGACCUUCAGGGCCAAAAGGACUCACUACUCAAUCGCCCUGCCAGAGAUAUACGCCUGUCCUGUGCCGCACAGCUGCAGUCACACACAACGUCGCAAUCGAGUAUGGACAAGAAGACCAGAUUGCGCUUGACUCGGCCACGCAGUACCAUGGACAACAUGUCUAGCUGCAAAAUGUCCACAAAUGUGACAGCAACACACCUGACCAAGAAGCAAUCGGGUGUUCUGCUGCAGCCGCCGAUUAAAAAGGAGGUGCUCAACCACCUGGUGGCCAAGAUGAGUGGCUUGAACCGCAAGCAGAUGGUAGGUGCAGCUGUCGCUACGUCUGCUUCGGACAAGCCGACGAGUUCGUUGAGCAAGAAACGUUCCAAGAACGUCAAAGCUAUGAAAUCGUCGCAUGGCAGCGGAGAGUUUAGUAAAUCCCGGAACAGGCUAGUGCUCUCACCGCGACACACCAAUCGGCAGCUCAAACCCCAAAUUAAGCGAGAUAAGUUAAAGGUCAAUAGCGAACUGAAGCAGCUACAGCAGCAGCAGCAGCAUCAGCAGCAGCAGCUGGAGCAGCUGGAGCUGCAUCAGCAGCAGCAACUGCAGAAGCAGCAACAACGUCGACUAAAGAAUGCAGAUUCGGCGCAACAAAAACAUCGUGUAAGGACACGUAUAUCCAAGAUUUCAGUGACGGUAAAGGAGGCCAGUGUUGAGAAAGCCACACGACAUCGCCUCUAGGCUCUAUAUAUUUAUAUAUGUCUACACUAUGCACACAUAUAUAGCUGUAUGUAUUUACAUAUUUCAUCUUCAAAUUGCUAGUGUUGAUGUCGUCCAGAGUUCUUUUUGUAUUGUAUUUUGGAGCGCGCUUCCAUUUGGCAAUCAAUGGGUUUUCCAUU